UCCCACCGCGCUACACGAAAUGAGCGGUGCGUCUUCGAUUCCCGCGUAGUAAAAAAUGUCGUGUGACAAGCGGAUAAUUUUUUUUCUUUUCAAACGUACAAUAUUUUAAACUUUUCAACCAACUUGAAAAAGGAGGUAGUCCUCAAUUCAUCUGUAUUUUUUUCAUGAUUCUUACCUCAUAACUUCGUACUGCAUGAACCGAUUUUGUGAUUAAUGUGAAAUACCUAGCUGUCAUUUGGUCCCAAAAAAAAAUCAUCCAGUUUGGCUGGCACGUAGGUAUGUUUUUAUUUAAAACUUUAUUUACUGAAUAUGACGUUUUAGGUGUUUUUAGUAAUCUACUGGAUAGACGUACCACCCUCAUCUAUUGAUAAAUAAUCACAUUAAUAAUAAACAUACAGAAAAGUAAAUUUGACGUAAGUAGUCGAGUUAGAAUCUUCUUUGUUGGAAGAUCAGCAGCUAUUCGCUUUAUUUGAAAAAAAUUAUAAAUCGUAGAAUAGCAAUUAAGUACAUGUUACAAGUACUUAAGUUUUACAAGUAAAUGCGUAGGUUCAAUAAAGUGUUAAGAAAAGAGAUCAGUCCUCACGCCUAUUAUUACGAACCAUUAUUUUAACUUCAAUAUAAAAUACCGCUCAGAUGAUUUAUUACUAACUUGUAAGCUACAUCAGUUAAUUUGCAUUUACUCAUAAACUUGACUUUCUCUUCGCAACAUUUCUAAGGAGAUCACAACAAACCUUUCCCUUAGGACGAAAGGAAGUUUCUCUUGCCCAUCCUGGUUUGUCCCUUGGCGUCCGGCUGAAACCGGCCGAGGGCCGUGGGCUCAGCUUGUAACUACAGAAUUCUUGAAUCAGAACCUUUACAUUCACACGCGGCCCCAAACACACCCAGUCUCGCCGACGCGCGCUCACCUGCAGUUGAUAACCAACCUCAUAGCCGCGAGCACGCUCCACGCUUCACGCUACCGGUUUUUAAUCGCACCUCUAGUGACGUAAAAAAAAAAAACAACAACGUUCGUUCAUCAACUCUCAUAUAAUUCGAAAUCUAAAUUUGAAUUUGUAAUGAAGGACUCGGGAUUGUGACAGUUUGAUAUUUUUGUGUUUUUUUUUUGUUUUUGGGAUUGCACCCGAAUAGUGUGGGGAAGUGAAUGUGAAAAUUGGGAUAGGCCCGGGAAGAAGGGUCGACUCGUCCUUCGCGCGUCCGCGACAGGAGAAAACUGGAAAGGAAUUUGAGACAAGUACAAUCAAGAUGACAGUAAAGAAAACCGCCCGGACAGGCGGCUUCGCGGCUAUGGUCGCUCGUCAGAAGAUGCACAACGCCAGCCAACAGCUCGACAUCCUGACCAUCAGCAAGCCAACCUCCCUGCUAGCCUACAACAUCGUCGUCGGCUUCAACGAGAAGGACCAACUGCAACUCCUCACGAAAGAAGAUAUCACAGACGAUGAAAAGAAACAGAUCAAAGACUACACAGAACUAAAACCGACAAAAUGCGAAAAUAUAUCAAUAGAUGAUAUCACAAACUGCGUUAACAUCGAGAACUAUCCCAAUUGCGAGAACACUCUAGUCUUUUACGUAACCAAAAACAUAAACAAGGAAGCCAUAGCGCUCAAAUUCGAGAACGAACAAGACUUCAAGAGGAUAUACUUCACGUACAAAUACUUCAAGAUGCGGAACCGACUGACGAAGAAUACAAAUAACUACGCGAGCAGUGAAAACUUGUUUUCUAAGAAGAAAACUUAUGAUAUUUUCAAAAGCAGGAAGAACAGUAUGGACGACUACAGCCUGUUUGAUAAAGGCCGUCAUGAGUACGAUCUGAUGCAGACGAUUGACAACGAUGGGGUCACUCACUUGUCUGUUCAACAGAAGAAUUUGAACAAUCGAUUCGAUCAGCCAAUGAGUCUGAUUAACAUAAGGAACGACUUGAAUGACGUUGGUGAGAUAGACAGCAUAAUAUACACUGAUAUCGAGAUCCCAUCAAAACCAGAUAGGAAGCGACUGUUUCAUAGAAAACCCAAAGCUCCACAGCCGCCGCUUUUAAAGGAUAACCCGAAAGUGUUGAAAGGAGAAUUCGUGAGAGUGAAUGUUGAUAGAGUACCGGAUGUGAUACCGAAAGAUAAUAAGUCUAACAAAGUACCGGAUAUUCUAAUGUUCAGAGAUAACAAAACGAAAAAGAACGCGACAAGCAACGUGUGGCCAGCGAGUAAUAAAGUUACCGGCUACGAGUCUGACCGCGAGGAAUGGAAGUCAAGCCGAUCUCAGUUCUCCACGACAGCGUUCGACAGUCUCGCCCGACCGACAAAGAUGGCGAUGGCGCUCACACUACGGAAACCCCAAAGACUGGAGCCAGUACCACAGUAUUACCGAAUGCCGAACGAGCAGAAACCGAAACUCACCCCAAUGCCGUUCAGGCCGAACAACUUCCUACAAAGACCCCCGCGACUGCCGAGACCAAACACAGAAAUGAAGAGGAACCUCCUAAACACAGACCAUAGGAAAUUCACAUCCCUACAGAGUCUAGAAAUCCCUAUGAAGCUAAGCGAACCGAAGAAACAGGUCAUCGAUCCUAAAAAGAAUUAUUCAAAUAUCUCGCACAGAAUCACCGGUCUAACAAAUAAGUUACGAGAUCUAGGUAACCCCAGUAAUACUAUAGGUAGGUUUAAGGCCCAGUCGCACGGCGAUGUUGCGAAUCUAAAGCCAGUAUUGAAGAUGAACGGUCAUGAUGGAGCAAAGAGGUCGGUAGUGAGGACCUGCAGCGCGGAACCACCAAAGAAAGUCACUUUUAGCGCGUUCGCUACCGUCCAAGUUGUGUAAAUUAUCUUUGUAAGGCCGCCAUCUUAGCUUGUAAAAGAGAUGAAACUAUCUCUUGUAUAGCUCCAUCUCUCUUUUACGUAAAAAUCAUGGCGUCUCGUUACUAUGUGACAUCAAGUUUGAUUUCGCAAUGAUCGCAAAUUCAUAAUUUAAAUAUAAAUGUAAACUUAAUUGAAUAUUUCAUAUCUUCAGUGGUGUUGGAUUAUGACGUCAUUUCUUACCAAAAACAGAUUAUUAGUGAGAUCAGACGGAGAUUCUUGAUUAUAUCUAACGUUAAUCCAAGGACUGAUUAUAAGAAAGAGCUUGUAAGCAUUAUCCAUUGUAUAGAUACUAGAUGUCGGUCAAUUAUAUCGUAAACUAAUUGACGUGGUCAGGCCGGGAUUCUGUGUAAAUAUAAUUUAAAAUGGCGCCCGCAGUCAAGAGCGCCAUAUUAAAGUUUUAUUGAUAUUAUUUUACUGUGCUAAAAACAACUUAAUCUUAAGUUUCUGCUUUGGCUUUCCUGCAUUUCUUUAAUUGGGUCUUAAAUUACAAAAUGGCGGACGCGAAUACUGAUUUAAUUAUAUGUAUCGAAUACAUUCGAAGUUUAAACUCUUAAAUCCAUAGAGUAUUUAAUUCUUUUUAAUUUUUUUAUCAUCUUGAUCCUGAUCAGACAAUCUUGAAUUGGAAGCCAAGCCUUUGCCCCGAUAUGGUUAAAAUUAAACUGUUUGUUUACAAGGAAAGUAAAAGAAUUGAGUAAGACCAAUCAAAUCAUCCUAUUGAUUAGUUUCGCAACAAAAUGAGGUCGAUAUCAAUCACAGACGUUUUAGUAACUCGAUGUUAAUGUAUGUUGAUCACAUUCUGUCAUAUUUUUGCAUAUAUUACAGUCUUGAAAUUGUUGCUACAAAGCUGUUUCUAUUUUGAUUUAAAUUGUAAUAAAUCGAUUGCUGUCACGCGACGAUUCGUUCAAAAAUUAGUUUUGCAAGCCUGGGUGCGGGCAUGUAUGUUUGCAAAUACCUACUUGCCUUUUGGCCAUAACCAUCUAUAAUAACAUACAUGCUGACAGCCAAGCAAACACAACACUAAUAAGUGUCUUCUAAAUUUGUGCAUUUGUUUCUAAAUUCAAAUUUAGAGCUAAGCAAACCGUGGCCCAGAUAUUUGCCAAUUCUAUCUUUGCCAUUUUAAAGCGGAACAUAGAGAAAAAAUGAUAUUAAAGAACGUCACUUAACGAAAUGUCGUUGAGAUUGUGACUGCUAUGGCAUAGGACCACCUUCAUUAAAUAUAUCAAACGAGGCGUGACAGCUACCGAUAGACGAUAUAGAUUUUUUGUGAUGACAGUGAUGGUUUUGACAGUUUUAAGGUGUUUGAAAGACGUGGCCUAAAGUAUCGUGGGCUCCACAAUCCCUGGCUCCUGAUAAUAUGAAAUGCCACCAAUCUUUAUGCAAGAGAUUGCCGUCGGUCAGUUUCAGGCGUUCCGUGGUAAAUCGACACAAAUAUGUAUUGUUAUUUAUUUAUUCUUUAAGAAUAUAUAUUAUAGACAGUCACGAUAAAAUGGGCUUGAAUAUUUUUUUAUUUAUUCGAGUACGUCCAUGUUUUAGAUCUUGCUUUUUAAACCAGAUUUUGUAAUUUUAAGACAUGUUGUUUAAAUCUAUUUCAACAAGCAAAUUGGAACUCUUUUACGUCGCUUGUUUUUUGAAAUUCGCGCCUUUCUUUCAUGAAAUAAGAUUAGGUUAUUGCAACAAAAAAAAUCUAAUGUUUUUUAUGUGGAUUCCUAGUCGUCAAAAUUUUCUUAAUUUAGAUUUUUAUAGUUUAGCACUAUGCCUACUUAAUUUCAAAUAGGUUGAAAAUAUAAGUGUUAAUACUUUUGGCAUUCGACGAUUCUUUUUGAUGAAUUAGCAAAAUGAUAUUUUUUGUUAAUAAAUGAAAAUCUAUAAGCUAAUUGAUCCUUGCCCUGAGAAAAGUAUAGAUCUUUUAUAUACGGUAAAUAUGUACCUUAGUAUUAUUUCGUUGACACAAUUUACAUUUUACUUCAAAUUAGGGAUGCUUCACUA